CGCGAGGUGUGGGGGGUGGGGGCGAUGAGCGUCCUGCUCCCCAACAUGGCGGACUUCGACACCAUCUACGAACUGGAGGAGGAAGAGGAGGAGGAGGAGGAGGCGGAGGCGGAGGCGGCGGCGGCGGACCAAGAGGAGCUGACGGAGGCCUCCCGGACUGUGGUGAGGAGUCAGGAGCUGCCGCGGCCCCGGGACGCGCCCGAACCCGUGGCUGUGAGGGGCGCCGGGCAGAUCACCGUGUUUGGCUUGAGCAACAGGUUUGACACAGAAUUUCCCUCUGUUCUGACAGGGAAGGUUGCCCCUGAAGAAUUCAAGACCAGUAUCAGUCAUGUGAAUGCAUGUUUAAGGAAGAAUCUGCCCAUCACUGUAAAAUGGCUCCUUUGUGGCUGUUUAUGCUGCUGCUGCACGCUUGGAUGCAGCCUCUGGCCCGCCGUCUGUCUUAAUAAAAGGACAAGAAGAUCUAUUCAGAAGUUAUUAGAAUGGGAAAAUAACAGAUUAUAUCAUAAGCUUGGCUUGCAUUGGAAGUUGAGUAAACGGAAAUGCGAAACUAGCAAUAUGAUGGAAUAUGUAAUACUCAUAGAAUUCUUACCAAAAUACCCUAUCUUUCGACCUGACUGAGGAGCAGUAUUACUUUUCAAUGUUACCUGUCACAUCCUACCUGUAGUGCCUUGUAAGGGAUAUUGAAGAGAAGAUUAUCUACUUUGCUCUGAUAUUGUUUUUGAAAAAGUGUUUGUCAGUAGAGUAUCUUCAUUGCUGGGUUACUUUUUUUUAAAAGAAAAAAACUGUUUGCACUUUCAAAAAGGUUGCGAUGCUAAGGCUUGUUUGUGCACUCCCAAGGCAUAAUAUACUUGAUGAACAUGGUCACUAUGGAGAUAAUCUUAUAUCAGUGCUGCUUGUAGUCUUGUUCUGACAUGCUGCCUUAUUCAUUUCCAAAACUCAGUCUUGCAAACACGCUCCCUGGAUCUAUGUAACCAGUGUUCUCCAGGUGUGCUGACUGGGACUUCUGAGGUUGUAGUCCUGACACAUCCGAAGGGCACCAUGAAGGGAGGAAAAAUUGCAUCUUCAGGCACUUUGAAUUCUUGAAAGGAAUGAUCAAGGUUAGCAUACAGUAAUUAAUAUCCUACGUAUCUGUAUUGAUGAUCUGCUUUGCCCGAGAUUAACAACGAACAGUGCUAUCGUCUUUCAUUUGCAAAGUUGCUCAUUUUCCUUUCUCUUUGCUGGGGGGUGGGGGGGGAGGGGAAGGGAAAGGGCUGGGUAUGUAAAUAUUACCUCAUUGUAUAAUAUAAAGUGUGGUAUUACGCCAAGGUUUACGAAUUGUGAUAUAACGCCAAUGGCUUUGCAUAGAUUUGUUACAAUUGAUGUUGUGUGUACCUUUCAGAUUGUAUUGGCCAUUUAUGUGCCACAUGGUGAAGCCAUGAGGGCUUUGUAGAUGCUACUGAAAGUUGGACUCAGGUGCGGUUUGUUAAGCAAACAUAAAGAUGCAUUGUAAUUCUUGCUCCAUGAAAUUGCUGGUAAAAAAAAAUUAAAGAUGUAAUUCCUUGAAUUUAUAUGUAACCCAAAGACCCCAAAGCCCAUGGCUUAAGCACAGCAGGCCUCUAAACAAUUCUGCCAGAAAACUAUUGGGACCCCUAUAAUGGAAGGCGAUUUUUUUUUUUUAAAAUGGCUUGGUGGCCUACAUUUUCAUGUUAGUUAUAAGUGUUUCUGACCAUGGCAACUUGAAGAUGUGUAGAAGUCCAUACAUUUUCAGGUUGCCAAGGUUGAGAAACAGUGGUCUGUCUAUCUGAUGUUUAGAUCAUUUCCAUGUCUCUGCUCUUAAUAUCAUAUGUCUUUCAAAUCUGUCAGGCUGCAGUUCCUUUUAACAUUAGUAAGAUUGGAUCCAGCCCUGCAGUUUCACAAACGUAAAGUAUUACAUCAAAAUCUGCAUGAAAGUAUUUCUGAAAUAGCAGGAAACUAAAACCUGCUCUCAGGGUCAGUAUUUUGAGAUCCUCCUGUUCUAAGGCUGUGUGCCAAUAGUUUCUCAUCUGCUGUUUGGUUAUAAUUAAGAGAUUAUAGAAGUAAAUUAGUUAGGAUAGAGUUCCAGAAAUCAAGAACCACAAAAUUCAUCUGAUAUACUGUACAUCUGCUUGACUCAUGUUCUCGGUUUAGAUACUGUAGUUCUUUCAGUCAGUGCUUUUUAACGAUUAGGUAGCUAAAACGUUAGAGAAUUGAGAAUAUUUGUGAUUUCAGUUGUUUGCGUUUGCAAACCCUGUAACAAGCAAGUUUAGUCUGACGGGUAGCAAGACCUGUGUAUCAGAGCUCCAGUAUAAAUAAGCACCUUCUCAUUAAUUCAACUGUUGUGGACAUCACAGUACAUGCAUCUUUCCUGGAACUUUGUACAUCAUGCAUGCACAGAGUUGCCCAUCAUGAUUAGGUAAAUGGGAAAGCCUCUGCUCCUGGGUGCUGUGUGCAUGCAUCACAAAAUAGCCAUGGAAAUAUCGCCUCAAAAACUUUAAUUAGCAAGUUAUAAAUUCAACACAGUUGCCAGUUUGCAAACUGGCACUUUGAAUUGCUAUUUUCUUCUCCAAGCUCCAGAGGAAAUGUCUCUUGUAAGACUUAUAGAAUAAUUAAAGAAAAAAAAAUUCAUCCAUAGAUCUUUUUGGCUGCAUACCUUGGAUCGUAAGGCUUGUAGACUCGUAAGAGAGUUGAAGAGCAACACACUUUCCUAAAACAAUAUGACGCACGGUGAAGUUGAGCCUGUUCUUUCACAAAUAGUGUUAAAAAUCCUGCCUUGCUGAAAAGGUUACUCUAGCAUGUGUUACUUAUGUUGUUGCUACCGAGUUAUAUUGUAUAGUAUACAUACUCCAGUUAUGUUGUUACUGAGGCAAGAGCAGCUUCAUUUGAGUGUUACCCCACAGAUCAUCCUUGCCCUCAUCCUAGCAAAGUCUACUUUGAUAGGUCUUCAGCACUUUCUGAAAACCCCUUGCACCUUCCAAGCCAGGUUUGCUUGGAGAUUUUAUGUCAAUAUUCUUUUAAACAUUGUGCCAAGAAACAUUAUGGCUUUUCCGAUCCUAUCAGUAUCUAAAUGCAACACUUAAUACCUCCUAAUCCAGAUGUAGGAAUUAUCUGUCUCCACCACGACCAUCCUUCCCAGCAUUCUAGGUGGAAGCAGCUUCCGUAGGCAUAAAUGGGACUGACUUCCAGCUCAGCUUUUCUUUACUUUGUAGAAUUAAUUCUGUAGUAAAAAAAAUACUUCCAAUUUUUACACUCUGUAGAAUCCCAGCCUUUGUUUGUUAAAGGGGCCAUACUUGCAUCUUUUCUCAGGUAUGCAAGUGCCAAAUAAGAUGUGUCUACUGCAGCAAAUGUGGCUCAGUGUUGUUGAUUGGUAAUAAAUGGUUAACGUGUUGUGACACUUUUACUAUUUCCCAAACUCUGUGCUUUGGGCAAAUCUAGCUUCAAAGGCCUUUACAGUACUAAUUGGGGGCUUUUUUAGGAAGUGUAAAUUCCCCAUUCCUGCCCCAGGAUUCAUCAGUGGAAUAUGGGAAACAGGUCCUUUCACUUUGCCCUAAGAUGCAAGAAAAGCUGAUGAAAAGCUGCUGCUUGUUCCUGUGGCUCUUGAGAUGUCAUUUGAAAUGGUCUGGUAUGUGAAGUUCUGACAGUGUUCUGUGUUGAUCAUGGGUAUAGAUUAUAUAAAUAUGUAAAAGCCUGUAAAAUAGAGCAGUGGUUGCCUUAAAAGUAAAUAACUUCUGAGCCCAAUUCUUGAGGAGGCAAAUUAAUUUUAAGAGUGGUUUCUGCCAUUCUGACUUGAAAAAUGCAUUCAGAAUUUUGGGGAGCUUGUAGAAAAUUUGGAAAUACAGCUCCUUAUUUUCUCCCAUGGCUUUGUGCUGAUUCUUUUUUUCUAAAGCUCAGCAGUCCAGCUUUGAAUUACUCCUUCCAUGAGCCCCUCAAGAUGGCCGUUACGAUAUUUGAAAUCACUUUUCUUUUUUAUUUUGUAGGCUUCUAGUGGGGGAGGGGUGGAGAAAGUGUCUGGAAUUGUUCAAACAAAGCAAAGAACGUAGAGAACCCCAAGCAGUGAAUCCUGACUUUAUACCACUGAUUCAUAAGAAAUUUAGAAUUCAUUAUAAAAUGUCACAGGGUUUAUCAUAUGCAUAAAUGCUCUCUCCCGCCCCCCAAAAACUAGUUUGCCAAGAAGUAGGUUACUAUAUUAAUGCUUUCUCUUAAUUUAUUCCGUCAUAUAUACAAAGAUUGCUAAUGUAGGAGAAUGUUUCUGGGUUAACAUUCCACAUGUUAUGUGUGAUGAGUAGAUUGGUCAUUAGUUUUACCUAUUGUGCAAAACUGGGGAACAAAGAUAAGUAUGAGAGUAGUGUAAUUCUUGCACACUUCUGCAAAAAUCCAAAUGAAUGGAACAUCCCUCAUGCCAAUGUAUUAUGUUGUAAGCAUUCUUUAUUCUGUCUCAUUCCAAACCUCAGAAAAGUUUUCAAUAAAUUUAUCACUCUAAUAAAUUUAGCCAUCCAUUUUCUUGUCUUGAUUAAACACACAAAUUGUAUGCUUAAAUGUGAAUAUUGUAUUUCAGUAUCAUGCUAAUUAAUUGCAUUAGCCUGAAAAUAUUAGCAUUGAGCAAUAAGAUCUUAAGUGUUGGUAUUCAGUGUAAAUAUUUAACAGUUUAGGAAACAAUGUUGUAUAAUACAUUCAUACUUUGCAAGUUUUGUGAAUUUUUGUUUAUGGCUAUAACCAUAAUUUGUAAAUCCAUGAAGCUUCCUUGUUAAUCUGUAUACAUUUUAAUUAUGUUUCCUUACACUUUAUGAAGUAAUAGCCACUUUUUUUAAUAGGACCUCAUGCCUUGAAGAUUUUGUAAAAAAAAUAAAUGCUUAAAUAAC